GGCGGCGCUCUGCCGAGAAAGGAAGAGAGGAAAGCGGAGGGUCGCUUCAAGCGGCGGCCUCUCGGCCAUUGCAGCUCUCUCCCCCUCGGCAGCCCGGCUCAACGCCGAGGAGCUCCAGACCGAGGCCCAGGCGCCACCGGGGUCUCCAUGGCCGAGCCCGGGAGGCGGCGGCGGGCUUAGAGCGGGGCCCCCGGGGGUUGCUGCUGUCUCCGCGGCCGCUGGCUGGGUGAGGAGGGGCUGGCGCGAUGUCCGGGUGCGGGAUGGAGGCGGAUUACCCCGCCUUUGAGAACCCGCUCUGCGGCGAGCUCAAGCACAUUUGCAAAAGGAUCAGAGAGACCUAUAAGGAGAUCAAAGAGGACCUGACCCCUUACAAAGAUGAUCGCUACUACAGGUUGGCCCCGAUGCGAUUAUAUACGCUGUCCAAACGCCACUUUGUCUUGGUCUUCGUUGUAUUCUUCAUUUGUUUUGGUUUAACCGUUUUAAUAGGUAUUGCAGGUCCCAAUGUCAUUGAACCCUUUCAAGUGAAAUCUCAGUUGAACAAUGGCUCCAAGAUAAGGCCAUUUAAUUUAAGUUCACCGCCGUUAUCUACUUAUAAUCAGCAGUUAUGGCUGACAUGUGUAGUGGAGUUGGACCAACGUUUUGAUAACAAAUGGAAUGGCUUGAAAAAAAACUUCAAUAUGCUGGUUACAAUAAGUGGUGUAAUAGAGAAUGCAAGCGUCAGGUAUUUUAACAAGGAACUUCACAACCGAACAAGGACGCUGAACUGUGCACAGCAAUGUGCUGAAUUUAUUGUGGUCCAUCUUGGUUAUCUGAACUACACUCGCUAUGAGAUCACUGUCGCCUUUGAAAACCUUCCUCCAAUCAAGCAUUACAAUUUCACAUGGAAAACCUAUAACUCAGCCUUCUCUCAAGUGGAAAUCUGGUUCCGAUUUGUCUUUGUGGUCCUUACUUUCAUCGUCACAUGUCUCUUUGCACACUCCCUGCGCAAGUUCUCUAUGCGAGAUUGGGGAAUAGAGCAGAAGUGGAUGUCGAUCCUCCUCCCCCUGCUGUUGCUCUAUAAUGAUCCAUUUUUCCCCCUCUCAUUCCUAAUCAACAGUUGGUUUCCUGGAAUGCUAGAUGACCUCUUCCAGUCGCUGUUCUUAUGUGCAUUGCUGCUGUUUUGGCUCUGUGUCUACCAUGGGAUCAGAGUGCAGGGUGAAAGGAGGUGCAUAACAUUCUAUUUUCCUAAACUCCUUAUUGUUGGUCUUUUGUGGCUGGCUUCUGUUACAUUAGGAAUAUGGCAGACUGUCAAUGAACUACAUGACCCAACAUACCAGUAUGGGAUUGACACAAACAACUUUCAGGGUAUGAAAAUCUUCUUCCUUGUGGUGGCAGCUGUGUACAUUUUGUACCUUUUGUUCCUGAUAAUCAGGGCAUGCUCAGAACUCCGUAACAUGCCCUAUGUCGAUCUCAGGCUAAAAUUCUUGACUGCGUUGACGUUUGUAGUUCUCGUCAUUAGCAUCGUUAUACUUUAUCUGCGUUUUGGAGCCCAGGUUCUGCAAGACAACUUUGUGGCUGAACUGUCGACCCAUUAUCAUAAUUCUGCAGAAUUCUUAUCGUUCUACGGCUUAUUGAACUUCUAUUUAUACACAUUAGCCUUCGUAUAUUCACCAUCAAAAAAUGCCCUGUAUGAGUCUCAGCUGAAAGAUAAUCCUGCCUUCUCUAUGCUGAACGACUCAGAUGAUGAUGUGAUCUAUGGGAGUGAUUAUGAAGAAAUGCCACUUCAGAACGGCCAAGCCAUCAGAGCCAAAUUCAAGGAAGAAUCGGACAGUGAUUAAGUUUUCAGAGAAGU